AUGAACCUCGAUGAGGAGGUCCGCCUGCCCACCACCCCGGCCGAGCGCGAACGCACCGAAAACCUCGCAACGCUCUACAGCAUCGUCGUCAGCCUCGAGUACCUGGAGCGUGCAUAUGUGCGGGAUUCUGUCAGCUCAAAGGAAUACGAGCCGGCAUGUACUCGCCUCUUGGCUCAGUAUAAAAGUGUCAUGAAGGUUGUGGGCGAGGAGAUUGGGGGCGUGGAGACGUUCAUGAAGCGGUAUCGGAUGGACCACCCUGCAGCUCUGCACCGCAUACAAGUCGGUGUACCCGCCACGGUUGAACACAGCGCCGAGGCAGGUGGUGGUGGCGAGAGCGGCAAAUACGUGGCCGAGGCAACACAGGCCUUCAUCACCUUUAUGGACGCGCUCAAGCUCAACCUCCGCGCCAAAGACCAACUGCACCCUCUCCUCACCGAGGUCAUGUCUGGCUACGCAAAGUUCAAAGGAAGCGCCGAGUGGGAGGGCCGCGCAAAGAUCAUUCACUGGCUCAUUACCCUCAAUGCCAUGAAGGCUUCCGACGAGAUCACAGAGGAGCAGUCUCGCCAGAUGCUAUUCGACAUCGAGAACGCGUACAACGAGUUCUUCCGUUCGCUAAGCUCGGGCAACUAG